CAUUGUGAAAUACGCCUUUAUACUUCCGGAUUUACAUAGUUCACCUCUUCCUCGUUCGGGAUUGUAUUGGAAAUUAAUUAAUGGUUUGAAAACAGAAACAGCCAGAAAAUAAUGGCCAGGGACUAUGACCAUUUAUUUAAGCUUCUAAUCAUUGGAGACAGCGGAGUGGGUAAAAGCAGCUUAUUAUUGAGAUUUGCAGAUAACACAUUUUCAGGUACAUAUAUUACCACAAUAGGAGUGGAUUUUAAGAUCCGCACUAUAGAAGUGAAUGGUGAAAAGGUAAAACUACAAAUCUGGGAUACAGCGGGCCAAGAAAGGUUUAGAACCAUUACAUCAACUUAUUACAGAGGAACACAUGGGGUUAUAGUUGUUUACGACGUCACUAGUGGAGAAUCUUUUGCCAAUGUCAAACGAUGGUUACAUGAAAUAGAUCAAAACUGUGAUGUAGUGAAUAGGAUUUUAGUUGGGAACAAAGAUGACAACCCUGAUGGCAAGGUGGUUCUAACACAUGAUGCACAAAGGUUUGCUGAACAGAUGGGGAUCCAGUUGUUUGAAACCAGUGCAAAGGACAACAAAAAUGUAGAAGAGAUGUUUUAUGCAAUCACUGACCUAGUUUUGAAGAGCAAGAAAGAUCAGCAAGCCAGGGUUCAAGAAAAUGCCAGGGAUACAAUCCAGCUCAGUCGAAGCAGUGGAAAGAAAAAGAAGAAAUGUUGUUAGUUUUUUAAGACAUUGGUAUAUUAUUGUGUACAUGGGAACAGAAAAAAAACUCAAAAGUCAUUUCUCUUUUUUAGUGGAGGACAAUUAUAUGUAGCAUUGUUGGAUAGAAUCAGUCAUUUGUUCAUUAGUAAGGGGGUGGUUAUAUUUCUGCCAUGAUGUCAUAGUGGCAUGUGGGGAUUCUACAUGAAGCAUGCAUUAGGUAUAGAUACAGAGACUUGAUCCUGGCGAAGUGCAAAUUUCUUUUACACUAGCUCUAUUUGAAAGAUCAGGUAUGAAGAAUUUUACUGUAUUAUCAUAAAUAAUGAUUUUAAACCAGAGAAAACACUCUGAUCGACUUGAACAUCAAGAUUUGUAAACAGGCACAUUGAUGUACACACAAGGAACACAUCUCAAAAAUGAGACUGCCUUGUUCUGUUUAAGAUGUGAUUUAGCAAUGUGUCUUCUUUUUAGUGAUUUAGUAUUCAGUCGAUAGCAACUCAGCAUGCCUUCAUUAAGGUGUAGACACUAAUGGUGUUUGUAUAGUUAAUGUGUUAACAGAUGACCAGAUCACUGCAUGGGUAUUGGGAUAUAUAGAGAUAUUGCUUAUAUUUCAAAUUUUAAGUACAUUACAUUGAGAGGUGCUCAUGUCUAUUGCCAUAAAUUCUGUGACAUAAAUGCUUCUCGUCAAUUGUAGAUGGAUUUUUCAGAUUAAUUUGGCUUUUCAAACUUACGCUAUUGCAACCUUAAGUGAUUUCUCAUGUUAGUUUACCAAAAUGGCACUAUAAUUAUUUUGAAUUAACAGAAUUUUUAAAAUUUUAAAUGUUUGUGGUAGCAAAUAAUAAUUUGCCAGAAGAAAAUGAAUGGGUGGUAUGAACCAAAACAGUGGGUGUUUGCAGAAACCAUGGCAUUAAAGAGUAGUUUUACUGGUGUUUAUCAACCUACAGUCUGGCAUUAACUAUAGAGACUGGAAUUACUGAGGUCCUUCUAGUGUGGCAAAUAAUAUGUAUAUGUGUGUCUCAAUGAUAUACGGCUGAGUGAUUUGGAAAUUUAGUGUAAAAUGCAAUAUUAUCAGAAUGAAGUAUAGAAGAAACUGUUGUCGUUUAAAAAUUGCAUUGUACAUACCUAAUUUAAGUCUGGAGAUACCAGUGCAGUUAUGUUGAUUGUAUACAGUACAGAUGACAUUUUAACAACAUGCAGAACUUGACCUUUCUCAUAAACUGAAGACAAGCUUGAUAGAAGAGAACCCAACUGGGAUAUGUAAUAAAUGUCAGCCAUAUUGAAGAUCAAGUUUGUAGACAUUUGUAUUCAUGGAAAAGUGGGUUAGAAGCCCAUGGGUUACCUGGAAACUUCAGAUUAAAUCAAAAAUGAGAAUUAAUGAAAUAUACCAAGAUAAUGAUACCAUAGGAUACUCCACUGGAAGUGAAGUCUGUGAAAAAAGAAUUGUACAUAGAAAUAUUACUGAUAACCUGUAGUCAGAUGUGAAAGUUUUAUUGAAAUGAAUUGAUCAUUGUUUAACAUUAGGGAACAGUUUAACAAAAUGACUGAAUUUUUAUAGCUGUCUGCUUCAUUUUAAAUGAUAAUCAAUAGCUCAAUGUAGUGCCUGGACACAGUGGGGUUUCAGAGGGGUGCAGCAUUUGUUUCAAAUGUCCUGAAUGAAAUCUGAAGCAGGAUUGCUAAAGUGUAUGUUUAAAUAUGUGUAUAAUGCUAAUAUUUUGUAUGCUGAGAAGUAAAACAGUGUGACAUCUAAAGUGAU